AGGUGCCCGCCGGCCUCGUCAUGCUCCGUCCGGGCGCGCAGCGGCUGCGGGGCCUCCGGCUGCUGAGCCUCCCCCCGCGGGGCUCCCCGGGCUGCGCGCGCUCCGCCUGGGGCCGCCGAGGAGAGGAAAACCCACCCGCAUCUGCGGAAACCAGAUGGAAAGACAGAGCAGAAACCGUGGUCAUUGGAGGCGGCUGCGUUGGAGUGAGUCUGGCUUAUCACCUGGCCAAAGCUGGGAUGAAAGAUGUGGUCCUCCUGGAAAAAUCAGAGCUCACUGCUGGAUCUACGUGGCACGCAGCAGGUUUAACAACUUACUUUCAUCCUGGAAUAAACUUGAAGAAGAUACAUUAUACCAGCAUCAAACUUUAUGAGAAAUUGGAAGAGGAAACUGGACAGGUGGUGGGAUUCCAUCAGCCAGGUAGUAUCAGAAUUGCUACAACUCCUGUAAGGGUUGAUGAAUUUAAAUAUCAGAUGACUCGGACUGGCUGGCAUGCAACAGAACAGUAUAUUAUUGGGCCUGAAAAAAUUCAAGAGAUGUUCCCUUUACUCAACAUGGAUAAGAUUUUAGCUGGACUAUAUAAUCCUGGAGAUGGUCACAUUGAUCCUUACUCUCUAACUAUGGCCCUAGCUGCUGGGGCUAGGAAAUAUGGUGCCCUUUUAAAAUAUCCUGCCCCGGUGACUUCUCUGAAACCCAGGUCAGAUGGAACAUGGGACGUUGAAACGCCACAGGGAUCAGUGAGAGCAAAUAGAAUUGUAAAUGCUGCAGGAUUUUGGGCUCGCGAAGUAGGUAAGAUGGUAGGACUAGAGCAUCCACUCAUUCCCGUCCAGCAUCAAUAUGUUGUCACAUCGACUAUACCUGAAGUGAAAGCUUUGAAACGAGAACUGCCAGUGCUCCGUGACCUGGAAGGAUCCUAUUAUCUCCGACAGGAAAGAGAUGGGCUUUUGUUUGGUCCAUACGAAAGUCAGGAGAAAAUGAAAGUGCAGGACUCGUGGGUCACCAGUGGCGUGCCUGCAGGGUUUGGAAAGGAGCUCUUUGAGUCUGAUCUUGACCGAAUCAUGGAACAUGUUGAAGUUGCCAUGGAAAUGGUUCCAGUCUUGAAAAAGGCUGACAUCAUCAAUAUCGUCAAUGGUCCUAUCACCUAUUCUCCUGACAUUCUGCCUAUGGUGGGACCCCAUCAGGGAAUCAGAAACUACUGGGUGGCAAUAGGCUUUGGGUACGGCAUAAUCCACGCUGGUGGGGUAGGGAAAUACCUCAGUGACUGGAUCCUGCAUGGAGAGCCUCCAUUUGACCUCAUAGAAUUGGAUCCCAAUCGCUAUGGCAAAUGGACAACUACUCAGUACACUGAGGCCAAAGCAAGAGAGUCCUAUGGAUUCAACAAUAUCGUUGGUUAUCCUAAAGAAGAACGAUUUGCGGGGAGACCAACUCAGCGAGUCAGUGGGCUUUAUAAAACCCUGGAGUCUAAGUGUUCCAUGGGGUUUCAUGCAGGCUGGGAGCAGCCACACUGGUUCUACAAACCGGGUCAGGACACUCAGUACAGGCCCAGUUUUCGCCGCACAAACUGGUUUGAGCCUGUAGGAUCUGAGUAUAAACAGGUUAUGCAAAAAGUAGGGGUUAUUGACCUGUCUCCCUUUGGCAAGUUUAACAUCAAAGGCCAAGACUCUGUUAGAUUGUUGGACCAUCUCUUUGCAAAUGUCAUUCCAAAGGUGGGUUUUACAAAUAUAAGUCACAUGUUGACGCCGAAAGGUCGAGUGUAUGCUGAGUUGACUGUUUCUCACCAAACUCCUGGGGAGUUCUUACUAAUAACUGGUUCUGGAUCAGAACUUCAUGAUCUUAGAUGGAUUGAAGAAGAGGCAGUCAACGGUGGAUAUGAUGUUGAAAUUAAAAACAUAACCGAUGAGCUUGGAGUCCUUGGUAUUGCAGGGCCCCAUGCAAGGAAGGUUCUGCAGAAACUGACUGCUGAAGAUCUUAGUGAUGAUGUUUUCAAGUUUCUUCAAACCAAGUCUCUAAAUGUUUCAGACAUUCCUGUCACUGCUAUUAGGAUAUCUUAUACUGGUGAGCUGGGCUGGGAGCUGUACCAUAGGCGAGAAGAUUCUGCGGCCCUUUAUGACAUUGUCAUGGACGCAGGCCAGGAGGAGGGAAUCGACAACUUCGGGACGUACGCCUUGAACGCCCUAAGACUGGAGAAGGCUUUCAGAGCCUGGGGGUCAGAGAUGAACUGCGAUACAAACCCCUUGGAAGCUGGGCUGGAUUAUUUUAUAAAGCUAAAUAAGCCAGCAGACUUCAUAGGAAAGCAAGCACUGAAACAGAUUAAAGCCAAGGGGCUGAAACGGAGACUGGUCUGCCUCACCUUGGCAACGGAUGAUGUUGAUCCGGAGGGAAAUGAAAGCAUCUGGUUUGAUGGCAAGGUGGUUGGCAACACGACAUCUGGAACCUACAGUUACAGCAUACAGAAGAGUCUGGCGUUCGCCUAUGUCCCUAUAGAACUAAGUAAAGUAGGACAACAGGUGGAGGUUGAACUGUUAGGCAGAAAUUAUCCAGCAAGCAUCAUACAGGAGCCCUUGGUAUUGACUGAACCAACCAGAAACCGACUUCGGAAGAAAAGCAGAAAGGACAAAAUUUGAAAAAAGACCUUCAGCAGGCAACUGAAUUAUGUUAGCUCUAUGACUGUACUAAAAAUCAUAACUGCUUUUUGGGAGAAUAUAAGAAAUCAAGAAUUCAUUCAACCCCUCAAAAUCUAGAUUUAUAAUCUUGAUGAAACCUUUCUCAGCUCUUUCCUAAGUGAGAAACAAUAAUGGAUUAGUGAUUAACAUUGUUCUUUAAAAUGUAGACGUUGGAAAUGAAUGUUUUUAUUAACCUAUAUUGUUAAUGAAACUCAGCAAAACAUUUAGGUGUUUGCUAGUAUAUAAUCACUAUUAUAACUCAAUUAGAGGACAUUGUGUAAUUUUAGGAAUAUAUGGUUCUUGUGACCUGAAAACAAAUUGUUUUACAUAAAAAUAAAUGCAGUACUAUUGA